GGAAGCCAGAAAGUCGUGGAGGAGGCGGUGACGGUGACGCUGACCGAGCCUCAGGAGCCCCGGGCGGCACGUGGCUAGAAGUGAGAGCUCAGUCCAUCUGCAGGUGUCCGGCAGCGUGCGCUACGGCUUUGUACUGGUUGGGGUGCGAGGCCGAAAGGCGUGGCGGGCGUGGCUCCAGGCCAGCCAGGAGAUGUCACAGCACAGAUGACAUCACCCGGAGCCCGUGUGCUGUCACAAUGCAUUGCCAUGACGACGCCGGGCCCUCCCCAAGGACAGCUGGCCGCUGGCUCCAGGCGCCUCAUUUGUGAGCUGUGCUGCCCGCAGCCGCUCGCCGUGCCCUGUGCCUGAGAGCAGCCCCAGCAGCAGACUAGCUCAGCCUCAUCGCGCUCGUCCUCCAAGGCUCAGAGAGGUUUGGAGGCACAUGCCUGCCAGCAUGGACGGAGCCUGGGUGGGGACCUGGAGACCUCAUCGCCCACGCGGCCUCAUCUCGGCCCAGUUCCCCAGCCCCGGGCCCCAGUACUCCAUCCCGGGGACAACAGGUUAUGUGGGCCACAGCCCCACCAAAGCCCGUGCCCCCGCCUACACGUUUAGAGGGACCAAACCGCCUGCGGCAGGGAGCUGCGGGCCAGGUCCCUGCUACUUUGUGGAGCCCGCCAUCACCAGGAACGGGAAGUACGUGGCUCCGGGCGCCCAGCUCCGGGGACGACCCGCGACGAAGACCACCGUCACUCCCGGACCAAGUGACUACCGCACCGAGGCAGCCAACAGGCACGUCUUCAAGUGCCCACCGGUGCAGUCCAUGGCCUUCCGGCGGGAGCCCCUCCGGACAGACCACCCUCCAGGUCCUGGCACCUACACGCUGCCCAGGCUGAUGGGCCCAACACAGUCUACACAUCGGCCAGCCCUGCUACUCUGUGAGGGGAAGGAGCCAGCGAGGUCGGUUUGACGAAGACCUUGCCAAGACUCCGGGUCCUGCGGCGCUCCCCAAAGUGCCUGUGGAUGCCUACAAGACCAGGGCGCCCGCGUACACGAUGGCAGCCCGACCAAAAGCUGGAGAGGGCAAAGCAGCGAAGCCCGGGCCGGCAGACUACAGCGUAGGCCGGGUGACGCUGAUCAAGCCCCAGGCGCCUGCAUCCACGUUUGGAAUCCGGCAUUCCCUCUACACAACCCCUCUCAUCGUGGAGUGAAACAACAAAGCCUGGAAGGCCUGGUUUCCUUUCCUGGAACGGAAGGGGAGGGGAAGAGAGAGCGACCAUCUGCCGGUUUCCCUUUGAUUCCAUUUCCCUGCCUCGUGCCUCGGGUUGGGCUUUUGCCCAUUUUACUGUUGGAUGCUAGCAAUAGGAGUAAGUCGUUAAUAAAAUGUACCUUUAUGUAUA